UUGGAAUAUAUGGGUUGGUUUCUAGACGGAAUUUUGGGAAAUGGCGAAGUUGUGAUUCUUGUAGAAUAAUUUGUUUAACGUUAUUGACAAUUUUAUAACUAUAAUGCAGUUUUCUGAUCUGAAAGAACAUAUUUAAUUGUAAUUACCGUUAGACCUGUGAAAUAUUUGUGUGUUAUUGUCUGAGAAUUCCUAAUAUGAUAUUCGAAACCAGUUGAUAGAAUUUUUGUCAAGUGUUGGUUUUUCGAGUUUAUAAUAUUUAAUUUUAUUUACACAGGAUACAGAUAUGAAUAAUAAUUGUGGAGGUGUUGGUGGGGGAGGUAUUGUGGCGGGAGGAGGGGCUUAUGAUGCCAAAAUAGCUGGUCUAUAUGAUUUGCUGGACACACUGGGAUCAGGACAUUUCGCCGUUGUAAAACUGGCCCGACAUGUAUUUACCGGAGAAAAGGUUGCAGUAAAAGUAAUAGACAAGAGUAAACUUGAUGAAGUUUCCAAAUCACAUCUCUUUCAAGAGGUCCGGUGCAUGAAGUUAGUGCAACACCCAAAUGUCGUGCGUUUAUAUGAAGUAAUUGACACGCAAACUAAGCUUUACUUGAUAUUGGAGUUGGGUGAUGGUGGAGACUUGUAUGAUUAUAUUAUGAGACAUGAAUCUGGAUUAUCGGAAUCUCUUGCCCGUGAUUAUUUUCGUCAAAUAGUGCGUGCAAUAUCAUAUUGCCACAGGUUACACGUUGUGCACCGAGAUUUAAAGCCAGAAAAUGUUGUAUUUUUCGAAAAAUUAGGAGUAGUGAAGCUGACUGAUUUUGGUUUUAGUAAUAAGUUUUGUCCUGGCCAGAAGUUAGAAACCUCAUGUGGAUCACUUGCGUAUUCCGCUCCGGAGAUCUUAUUGGGUGAUUCGUAUGACGCGCCCGCUGUUGAUGUUUGGUCAUUGGGAGUUAUACUUUACAUGUUGGUUUGUGGACAAGCACCUUUCCAAGAGGCUAAUGACAGUGAGACUUUGACAAUGAUUAUGGAUUGUAAAUACACCAUACCGUCGCAUAUAUCAAAUGCUUGUAAGAGACUUAUAGGAAGAAUGUUAGUUAGGGAACCAGAAAAACGGGCAACACUGGCGGAAAUUGCUACUGAUCCGUGGGUAACGGCGGGCGAGGGUAUCGCGGUGGAGGAUUUUGACACCCCUCUUGUGGCCAAGGAACAAUUAUCAGAAGACGACCGCUCCGCUAUAGUGCAAAGGAUGGUCAACGGCUCCAUCGCUACCAAGGAGCAGAUCUUAGAUUCAUUGGACAAGAACGAUUACAAUCACAUCACUGCCACAUAUUACUUACUCGCUGAACGGAAAUUACGAUCAAAUAGGAUGGAGGCACUCCGCAGACAGGAAGCUACGCGUGGGGCGCGGCGGCCCGAGGCGCUGAGCGUGGCUCGCGCCGCCGCGCGCUCCCUGCUCGCGCCGCCGCCGCUCGCCGCGCCGCGCACGCCGCAGGACGUGCCGCCGAGAUCUCGCAAGUGUAGCAUAGUUCGCGAGGAAGACGACGACGAGGAGGGAGCAGUGGCGGGAUCGUGCGGGUCCCGCGGCGGCGACACGCGGCGCGGCUCGCGCUCGGAGGGCCGACUGCACCUCGCCGCGCGCCUCGCGCACCCGCACCCCGCGCCGCCCGCACCGCCCGCACCGCCCGCACCGCCCGCCGCAACCCUGCACACAACGCCUGCACAACAGACUCCGCACAGUGCACAUAGACCGGGCCAUCUCGCCGACAAUUUUACAAAGGUAAAUCUUGACGAUGAAAAAGGGGUAGAGGCACCGCGCGCUCCUCCCCCGGCGCCGCCGCCCGCCAGGCGCCAACGGGUGGACUGUCGGCGGCGUAGACCGCGCGCCGGGUCCUGUUCGUCAUCAGAUCUGUCUGAUGAAGACUCCGAAAAGAAAAAACGAGCCGCCGAGCGUGCCGACGCACCGGCGGAUCGCACUCGACGGGACUCGCACGACGAUUCCAGCGACAGCCAGGAGCGGGGAGCCGGCGCGGGCCCCGGCGCGGUUGGCGGUGCCCGGGGCGGCGCGGCGGCGGGCCGCACGGCGCCUCCCGCGGGCGGUGCGGGGAGCGCGGGCGGCGCGGCGGGGCGCGCGCGGGGCGGGCGCGGCAGCGGGCGGGGGUGGGGGACGGGCUGGCGCCGGCGCGCCGCUCGCAAGGAGAGCCGGCUGCGCGAAUCGCGGUCGCUGAACCGCAUCGCGGAGGUGGAGGAGGCGGCGGGGGCGCGGUGGGCGGGCGGCGGGCUGGUGGCGCUGUGCGGCCGGCCGCUGCUGCGGCUGCUGGCGGCGGCGCGGCCGUCGCCGUCGGCGCGGCGGCUGCACGGGCUGUGCUAGUGGGGGGAGGGGUGGCGUGUGGUGCGCUCGUGGUGGUGCGUUCUUCUUCGGCGUUCCGUUUGCGUCUGAUUUGUUGCACCUGUUUAUCUGAGGCGCGGUACCAUCAUUGUCGUAUUCCGUCUGAUGGUCGAGAUCCCUCGAAUUAUCAAACAAAUUUCUAUUUUUUAUAAUAAACGUAGGUGAACAGGGUUUUUUACUAAAUUUCAGUUUCUAGAAAAAAAUUACGUGAAUAGUAUCUGUUAAUUCUUUCAAACUUUUAAAUGCAGUAUUAACAAAUGGUCACUUUGAUUCCAUGUUUCUGUAUAAUGUGUAUAGUAUUACAUUGAAAAAGUCGUGGUCAACUAAUAAAGUUAAUUAAUAAGAUAUUCAACUAAACUUUGUAACUUGGAUUGCAUAUUUCAGGGAGUUAAUAUUAUAAUAACGUCACUCCAUUAUUGCCCGCUGAAUAUUUAGCCUUUCUGUUUAUUUAGACCGAAGACUGUUGCAUAUACCUAUGCAAAUAUUAUAGUAGUUAAAUAAUGUAAUUAAGAUAUUACAUUAUAUUACAAUUUACAAUAAGUCAAUGUACAGCACAUUGAUUCAACUAAAGAAUACAGAAAUAAAAUAAAUGACGAUAUAGGCAAGUACAGCUGUAUAACAUCCGAGGCGAUAGCUGGAUAACAACUAGACCAUACUCGCGACGGCUCGCCGAAGCUCUGUUCCGUCCCACUGAAUGACCGGCGACGCGCUCGCCACAUCGGGCAAGUUUUUUUUUAAUUUUUAUUAUACAAUGCAGUCUUUUUACCUGGCUAAUCUUAUACAAGGCUGAACCGAUUUAAAUUAAAAUUUUACAAGGCAGUAGUAAGUUUUAAAUUUUAUUUGCUUAAACGCGGAACCUAGAGCAUUCGUAAGAUUUAUUUAGCGCCUGAUUACCUGGUAAGCUAAUCUUGAAAAUUAGGUACAAAUUAUGAAUCUGUCGUAAUACUUACAAAAACAUAAUGGCAGCAUUAUUAGUUGGUCACGACUGUAGUUUGGAUUAGAUAGGGUUUUAAAUUCAUUGGAAUGCAUUAUAGUUUUAAACACGACUAACUAUUUUACAACUCAAUAUGUGUAAAUAUUUUUUUAUUACAUCUCAAUAGUUGAUCACGUCAUUGAGAACAUUGAGCCGACUGUAGUAUAGUAAUAUUGUUUUCUUGAAGUUAUUCUCGACGAAACAUAAUCAAUCCAUCUUUCUUAGACUGCACUCAGGGGGCAAACCAACAAUAUUUUAUACAGUAUAAAAAAAAUUACCUGACAUAGAAUUCAAACCAUUUAGCCAAAAUACGCUGCCAUUACACUAAGGAGAUAAUCAAUUAGUAGAUAAGUAACAAUUCGAUUCGAACACCAAUAUUAAUUUAUUGUUAUAUCGGACGGUGUAGUGCAGAAAUGAUCAAACUCACAACUGUCAAAGCGAAUCUAUACUUUUAUCUAUCUAUACUAUUAUAUAAAGCUGAAGAGUUUGUUUGUUUCAACGCGCUUAUCUCAUGAACUACUGGUUCAAAUUGAAUAUUCUUUUGGUAUUGAAUAGCCCAUUUAUCGAGGAAGGAGAACAGCUAUGACCAAUAGAAGCGAGCAUCAACGAAAUAUGUUGCUGAAAGGGGGAAAAUUGAUUUCUUUUGAGAAUUUAGUUGCGGGCCCUGUGUAAGCUGUUAGAGUUACGCAGCAUUCAAGUAUGAUAGAGUUGUUAUUCAUAAUGAAAUACAUAAAAUAGAGUCCCCCACCGCAUCAGUCUGCUUGUCUGAAUGCAAUAAAUUAAAAAUCUAUGGUAUUGUAGGAGAUAAUUUUAUCCUGGAAAACUCUCACGCGGGCGAAGCUGCGAACAAAAGCUAGUAUGUUAUAUAAAUAAUCCCAAUUAUCUAGGAGGAAGUCAUCGGCCUCUACCUGUCCACGCCCGAGCGUGCGCAUUUGGCACAAAUUCCAGAGUUCGGAAUGUUACAAGAUAUAAAACCCAAUUUCACUUGUCGCAACGCGGAAUUCGAACUCGAGUCUUCAACACUAAACAACUUCGCUACCGAAACUUUAUAGUCAAAAUUUUAUUAUUGGCUACAAACCAUUGAAAAUAUUCUUACGUAACAAUGACUAAUUCUAUUUUAACAACGUUAUUUACAAUCCUAAGAAAGCGAAAGAUUAAGAUAUUGUUAUAAAAGAAUACACAUAUUUUUCAAUACUUUGAAAUCAUGACUUCAAUUAGUUUGUUAGUUAGAUCGUUUCUGCACAACACGAUCCUAUUGAUGUUGCUAUUUUGGUGAACUACAUUUCUUUAUUACCAUUUUCAUAUUACAUAACAGCUUAUUUAAUGACGUCUUAGUCCACGUUGGUAGUACAUAAAAAUGUCACAAAUAUUAAAUUAUAUUGUAAUAUUUUUAUUUCAUUAGACAAAUUCUAUCAUGUCUCAUUGCUAUUUCACAAGGAUUAUUUUGUUACAUGUAAAUUGUAGGUAUUAGAACAAAUUUUAUGUGACAACUUCUCAUAUUAUAAUCAUUUUCAUUUUUUUAACUCAAUAUAAUAUUACCUCUUGUUUCUCAACAUUUUAAUUAUCUUAUUUUGUAACUUGUGUAGAAACAAUUAGGAAUUGAAUCACACGCUUCAAAACCCCGCAUUCUUUCUACUUAGUAUUGUGAGUGAUCGUGGGCGACGGUGAUCUUUCACCACCAGGUCAGCAAACUCGUGUGUUUGUCCCUCUUCAAAUAAUUAAGUAAAUUCCUGCAAUAUUUGGAGAUAAUUGCGUUAUAGCACUAUCGUAUGUAUUUUAAGUUAUGACCAUCCUUUCAUUUCUAUUUGGUUCUCUUUAAGUGCCUAGUUUAAUUAUUAGUGCCUAGGACUUUAUAUUAAUUACUAAAUCUGUAAUCUUUAUCAAUUUCUAGACUUCUACAUAACUGAAUUCAUGUCAAGUUUUUUAUUUCGUUUUUACUUUGAAAUCUGAUUACUUGAAUAAAUUCUUUUCUAUAAUUAAAUAGCACGUAAGAUAUUUUAGAAUUACAAAAUUUUCUAUCAAAGAACUUGCCCCCUACAUUUAAUUACCAGCGAUUAUUUAUAUAGAAAUUAGGCAUUAGAAAAUGCUUUUGAAAUAAACACGAUACUCUAAUUUUGUCUCCUAUUCGCUUGUAGUUUUCUAUGUUAAUGUAAGACUACCUUUUUCUUUAUUAAAAAAAGUUAUGAUUUUCAUAGUGGCAGAUUCCUCGUAUAUCAGGUUGGCUUCAUUUAGAGAUGUACUUACGCACCGUUUCUCCGUUAGAACAACCGACGCAGACAAUUUUAUGCUACAAUAUAUCGUGUAUGGAGGUACAAACUCAUUUGUCAAUUUUAAUUAUAUUUUAUUUAAAUAGUUGUAAUAGUAAAAACACAUCACACUAUAGUUCAUUCGCGUUAAGAAAAUAAUGAGCCAUCGUUGUCCAUCAGUCGACAAACCGCUCCCCCCACACACACUAAAGCCUCAGUAGCAUAGUUGUCAUGUGGUCACAUUACUAAUUCGACUACCACGCUGAGAUCUGGGAUUCGAAUCCUAGGUCGAGCAAAAAAUAAUUGUGACUGCGUUUUUCCAUCUUAAAAAUUAAUACUGAGUCGUAGCUCAGAGUCAGAAAGUGGGUAAUAUGAUCCCCCGUGUCUCGAAAAGCAAGUAAAGCUGUUGGUCCCACGCCUGAACUCUCUUCGGUCGUGUCAGAUUGCCGUCUCCAUGAGAGUGAAGGAACUGAGGAUGCACCUGUGUAUUGAGCAUACACUUGUGCACUAUAAUGUCGCCUGUAUAGGUAUCAGAGUGAGCAACUCUGCAGAACGGCUGUCGUGGCAAUUCAGCUAGAAAUAAUUCAUUCAUUAUCAACGUUAACUUGACUAUAAUUUCAAGCAUCCUUAUCGAUAGAUGGGCGUUUCUCGGCUGCCGGACAGCAACGACACACUAUUUUGUUAACGUUAAAAAAACUAAUAUAACACCGUGUUCAAAUCUGAGAAUCUGGGAAACCAAUCCUUCAUUCCGCGAAAACCAUACUUUGAUUUCAUUUAUGAAACUUUCGAGACUGAUCCUCGCUGCGUAAUUUUGGAAUUACGCCAAUAUUCAAUUAUUCAUUUAAUAGUUCUUGUGUAUUUUUAUAUUACUGUAUGAGUACCGUCGUUAUAUUGUCAAAUUAUAAUAAGGCCAGAAAGAAUUAGCUUGACACUAUACAAUCGUAACUACAAUGAGUGUCAACUCGUUGCGAAUGGAUAUACCUAUUAUUCAUUUUUACAUUUAUAAUGUUCUCAAUACGUGAACAGAAUUACAAGACGAGCUUUAUUUACCACGUCCUAAGACGGUGCGCGGCUUGGCGGUAUCUAUGCCAAGCAACCUCUGUAGUCUCGACUCAUAGUAAUUACAAGUCACAUAAUUUACGAGUAGAAAUUGUAAUAGUGUUGUAAAACGGAUUAAGUUGCAGGUUGAGUUCCAGUUGUAAUGAACAAUGUACAAUUUUUCUUUGUAAAAUACAAAAUAUUAAAAGCAUUUCAUAAAUAUUAGCUUAAUUAGAAGUGGACUUAAACUAGAAAAUACUACGUAUAUAAUGUGUAGUUCGUGUGCAUCCUUAGAAUGGUUGUUUUUAGUUGAUGUUGUAUAUAAAAAUAUAUGUGUACAUAAUAUUAAAUUUGUUGUAAAUAUAUAGUUUAUCCCAAAUAUAACGAUAUAGUAUGAGUAAUCUUGAAUUUAUAGUUAUUGUAAUUAAAAAAUAUCGCAUAUUAUUUAUUACGUUGACAUUGUAAGAUAAUUAUUUUUAUUUACAUAGACGUACUCUUGAUAUACUUAUUUGAUUUAAUGCACUCGUAUGGUGCUCUCAUUUUUGAAUGAUUAUAUGAAUGUAACCAGACCAAAGAAACAAAGAAAUUUGUAUGUUACGCAUUUCCUAAUAUUACAUCAAGUGCUGUUUGGUGCCAAUAUAUUAAAUAAGUGGGAAUAAUAUGGACUGCGAAAUCACUAAAUUGGCGUGAAUGUUUUGUAUGUUAUCAGAGUAGACUUAACGUGGGUGCUUGUUGAUAGUAUUGAUAUUAGUGAGUUUAAUUCAUAUAAAAAACCUACGACUUACGAAAUAUGAAACGUCAAAGUAGCAAUAAAUAAGUUAUUACCAACAACUGGUUGCUGUUCAAUGUUAUUAUAAUUAGGUACUGUAUAUAGACAACGCCCGAUCGUAUGAACAGUUUAUUUUUUUGCUUUAAUUUUAUCGAUCGGAGUGGUGACGAAGAUACUAAAUUCUAUAUGUAAGUUGGAGUUUUUUCGCCGUCAUUUCGUUUCAAUCUGUCACCUAAGAUUAGCCCCUACCAAGUGGAAAUUUACGGAUGUAUGUAGUACCUGUACACUUGCAUUAAACGUUGCCAGGGUUAGCGGGGAGGGAGGGACGGGCGAAAUUUCUUUGGACACAGGCGCACACAGGUUAUUUGUUUCGGCAGGUACUUGUAUUACCUAGGCGACAUAAAAAAUUAUGGAAUGAAAAGGCUUAAGUUAAGAAGCGCAACGCUUUAGAUCAAAUCUAAUGUAAGCCAUAUUUACUCGACACUCGAAGCACCUGUCUUGCCGCAGCCCACCCUGAAGUAAUCAUCCUGAUUCUUUCCGCUGUCAUAGGAGAAAUAGAAAGCGGUCUAGAACCAAUUGGUGUCUUCCACCUGUGCGAUAGAGGCGCCCGGAGAUUUCUACCUAGGUUUCCCCUAUGUGUCGUGAGAAAUUAACUUCUAAAUCGCAUCGAGGGGUUGCAUUCACUACUGCUCGCGAUAGUAUGCUGGGUAUCGUAGGUCUCAAUGUGACUAAAAAGGCUAGGCGAAUUUAUUUUUUGUUUAGUAUUUCUGGGUAGUGGUAACCGUUGGGCCGAAAACAGGCGUUCCAAACGUUACCGCUAAAGAGUGUACAUACUAGGUAGAAACUUGGAUCGUGUUUCUAGAGCAACAUAGGUAAAGGAGGAGAAAUACAGUGAAAAAAUAUAAACGAAUUGGACCUUUUUUUUCUUAAAUGAGUACGGCACAGUGAUCCUACAGCACCUGAUGGAACUGUUAAACCUCUUCUACAAACAAAUUAAGGGAAAUAAAAUAAAACAAAGGCUGACGCAUCAAACUUUGAUAUAUUUCCCAUUAUUCAAUUUGGUUUAUUGACUGUUUAUUUCGUGGUCGAUAUAUGUCGCGCGACACAUUCAUUUUGAUGUGUGAAAUUAUAAAAAUACAUUUGCGAGAGUUCCAUUUUUCUCCCCCUGGUUUGGGCUAAUCAUAGAGGUGAUCACACAUUUGUUGACAGGAAUAGAGACAACAGCGUGCGUUCCGUACCUAGGUAGCUAGGUACUGCGCGUAGGCACGGGACAUAUGUGCGAUUACUUUCAGAGUUGUGUUGUAAUAAAAUUCACGUAAAUUUGUAAAGUAACGCGGGCAUUAUUAAAUUGUCUCUUUACCGUUAGUUUGAUUUUUUUUUUACUUAUAUUAGUCCAAAUUAAUAUGUAAGGUCAGGGGAGGUAAGUCUAAAUGGGCAAAAAAGAAUACUUAUUGCAAUAACGGACGUACUAAUUGAAGGACAGCUUUGAUAGCCGUAUAAGUGCGAGGAAAAAAUCCUCUAUUUACCUAUACGCAGUGCCAGCCUUAGUUCAUUCAAGGUGGAGGUCGGACCGGACGGAGCAGAGAUGCUAAAAAAAGGUUCUCUAAGGCACUGCGCUAGGCUCCUGUAAGUGGCCCCUGACCUUAAUACAAUCUGAUACAUAAUAAAGGUUAUUCAGUGUUACUACUUUGUAAAAAAAAAUACUCACUUUUAUGUAUCUUACUGCAUAAUUUAAAUAAAUUUUAUGUGUAUAUUCUUCUUUGGUAUGUCGAGCAAAUGUAUCAUAAUGUAUUGUUAAUGAUUGUACAUUGCGUUAUGUUUUAUUUCCACGAAGAAUGUUCUAUGACGUACAUAAUUUAAGUUACCUACUUGAUCUUUCAAGUAGUCAGUAGCCCUCUGAAUAUGACCUCAAUGUUUGAUAAAUUUUUGUUGGUACAAAAGUAAUCAAUGGUUUAUUUAGUUUAAUUUGUCUAAUAAGUAUAAGGACAUAAAUAUAUAUAUUCCAUGAAAUGGUACCUAUUACAAACAAUUGUGAGUGCAAUAAUUUUUGAAAAUUAGGUACUUUACUUACUGCACAUGCCAACCUGAAAUCUUUUGACUUAUUGUACAUUAUAAUAGAUUUAUAAUCGGCUUUUGCAAAAUUUGUGGAUAACUUAUAAUUAUUGUAUGUCUAUAAAAAUAAACAUGAUGUUACAAUAUCA